AUGUCAGCCUCCGUUGACACUUUCAAGUUUCACCUCCCCACCCACGGGGACGCCAUCCUCAGCAAAAUGAACACUCUCAGAGAGGAUCACCGCUUCUGUGAUGUCACACUCCUUCUUGGGGGGGCACCGGGCACCGCCUUCCAGCCUUUGCAAUUCCACGGCCACCGUGUGGUGCUUGCGGCGUCCUCAGACUUCCUGCGUGACCAAUUCGUGCUCCACGAGGGCCGGGCAGAGCUGAGCGUGGGUGUAGUUUCCAGCGUGGAGGUCGGCGAGAGACUGCUCCUGUCCUGCUACACCGGGAUCCUGGAGGUCCCUGUGAAGGAGCUGGUGAACUACCUCACUACAGCCAGCGCACUUCAGAUGAGCCAGGUGGUGGAGAAGUGUGCCCAGGCUGUGUCCCAGUACCUCAGUCCGACUCUGGCUUUCUUGAAUAUGGACAAACGAUCAGAGGAGAAGGAAAUCCUGCAGCCACAGGGUGGUUGGCCAUGCCCCAGUUCCAAAAAUCAGGAGGAAAGGGACGAAGCCCAACCCAAUACAAGUACCCAGGAAGAAAACACAGACGGAGGUGGCAAGCUUGUGAUUCAGUCCAAGUCGGGGCUCGGCCAAGGAGCGAAGGCGGAAAGUCAAGGACUGAGGGAGGUUAAAGAUAAGAGGAGGGAGGUAGGAGCUAAAAUACAGUCAUCUGAAGAUGCAGCCUUUUGUUUCAGUACCCGGGACUCAGAGGAUGGGAGAGACAUCCAGCCAAUCGCCCAGGCUGUUCACAAAAAUGAGCAAUCCCAUCAAGUUCACCAAAUGUCAGAUGUCCUGAGAUGUGCUCGACCUGAAGAGGCGCUGCACAGCUCCCAAAGCCCGAAUGAAAAACUCUCAGCUCAACUGCAAGAAUGUAGGGAGCAGAUGGUCUCUGGUUUAUUCUGUUCCUCUGGAGCACAUCUGUCACAGGGUCCCAGAUCUGGAGAUGAGCUGACAGAAGGUUCAGACUACACGUCAGUCCAGAGACCGUACCUGUGCAGGAGGUGUGACAGAGUCUUCCAGCACCUGGAAAGCUACGCUGGACACCUGAAGGAGCACAGACAGCACCUGUGUUUGGUGUGUGGGGAAGGCUUCUCCCAGAGGAGCACUCUGUCUCACCACAUUCGUGUCCACAGCGGUGUCAAGCCUCUCAGGUGCCCGCUGUGCCACAAGACCUUUUCUCACAAGGCCCAACUGCAAGACCAUUUCAACCUGCACACUGGGGAGAAGCCCCACACGUGUAACUACUGUGAAAUGCACUUUUCACACAAGCCAGGCCUCAGGCGCCACCUGAAGGAAAUUCAUAGUAAGAGUAGCCUGCAGAACAUGCUCGAGGAGGCGGAGCAGGCCCGACAAUAA